UCACUGGAUGCCUGAAGAGAUGUUGCAAUUAAAUGCAACUGCUAAUUAAUUGCAUCCCAAAAACUUUGUUGCAAAACAACUCGCAUAAUGGUUAUCGAUUCACCAGUUGUGGCACAAAAAUAUCUGCGCCGCGUCUCGAAAGAUUUCUCGACAGUGCGUCGCUAUAGCAACACUCCAGGCUCGUUAUCCCUGGAAAAUUCCACCGCCACCGCCACCGAUGGAGCCGAGGAUCUGCCCAGCACUCCGCGUGGCAUUCGAAAGCGGCAACGGAUGCGCAAACGUUCUUCGGUAUCGUCGACGCUAUCGAAAGUUUUAAUACUCAAUGUGCGUGAUUUGCUGAAGGCGCAUGCCAACUGCGAGCCACCAACAACAGAGCAUCAGCCCCGAAGUUGGAUCGAGACCAAUUUUCAGAAACGCGAGUGCAUCAAAUUCAUCCCAUGCCCAAAGGACGAUACAAAAUGUUGCUGCGGCCAGGCACAGAUCACACAUCAGACGAUUGCAGGCAUCGAGAGUGGUUCGCCAGGUGAUUUGUGGCUGCCCACGAAGCACACGCGUCCACAGCCCACAGAUGCUUAUGGCACCAUUGAGUUUCAAGGUGGCGCACAUCCAACAAAAGCGCAGUAUGUGCGUCUGUCAUUCGAUACAAGACCGGAGCUGCUGGUACAGCUAUUCACUAAGGAAUGGAAUCUGGAAUUGCCAAAACUUUUGAUCACCGUGCAGGGAGGCAAAGCCAACUUUGAUUUGCAGGCAAAGCUGAAAAAGGAGAUACGCAAAGGACUUUUGAAGGCAGCGAAAACGACAGGCGCUUGGAUAUUCACCGGCGGUACCAAUACGGGCGUCACCAAACAAGUCGGCGAUGCGCUGCUCCUGGAGGGACAACAACGCACCGGACGUGUGGUCAGCAUCGGUAUUGCGCCCUGGGGCAUUGUGGAACGCAAUCAUGAGCUUCUGGGCCACAAUCGUGAGGUGCCCUGCCACAGUAUUAGUUCCCCGAGAUCGAAAUUGGCUGUGCUCAACAAUCGACAUGCGUAUUUUCUGCUAGUCGACAAUGGCACCCAAGCAAAAUAUGGUGCCGAAUUGAUUUUGCGACGCAAACUGGAGAAAUUCAUAUCCAAUUUAAAGCUGCAUCCAUUUACACAUUCCAGUACGCCGGUCGUCUGUCUGGUGAUUGAGGGCGGUACGAACACGAUACGUGCUGUCCUCGAGUACGUAACGGACUCUCCGCCAGUGCCAGUUGUUGUUUGCGAUGGCUCUGGCCGUGCGGCCGACCUCCUGGCCUUUGUGCACAAAUAUGCAUCGGAUGGCGAGGAGCAACCAGUAUUGGAGUCCAUGCGAGACUAUCUCAUCGGCACCAUACAGAAGACUUUCGAAGUGGGCCUGGAUCAGGCCGAGAAGCUGUAUCAAGAGCUUUUGCAAUGCACACGCAACAAGAAUUUGAUUACUGUAUUCCGCAUACAAGAGAAACCCGAAGGCGAGGCACAGGAGCUAGAUCAGACCAUCUUAACGGCGCUCUUCAAGUCCCAGCAUCUCAGUCCACCGGAACAAUUGAGUUUGGCAUUGACAUGGAAUCGUGUGGACAUAGCGCGCAGCGAGAUAUUUGUCUACGGCCAGGAAUGGCCAAAUGGCGCUCUGGAUGAGGCAAUGAUGCAGGCACUCGAACAUGAUAGAAUCGAUUUUGUCAAAUUACUUUUGGAGAAUGGUGUCUCGAUGAAGAAAUUUUUAACAAUACCACGCCUUGAGGAACUCUACAAUACAAAACACGGUCCAGCCAAUACAUUAGGUUACAUAUUGCGCGAUGUGCGUCCGCAUAUACCCAAGGGCUACAUUUACACCCUGCACGACAUUGGCCUUGUCAUCAAUAAACUAAUGGGCGGCGCCUAUCGAUCCUAUUACACGCGCCGCAAAUUUCGUCCAAUCUAUGCGAAGGUGAUGAACAGCUAUGCAAAUGCUUGUCGCAAGUCCUCGACGUAUCAAUAUCAACGCUAUGCGGGUGCCAAUUCGCUUAGCCUGGUCACAGGACUUCUGCCAUUCACCACCGAAAUGGCUCUCUUCGAGUUUCCAUUCAACGAGCUGCUGAUCUGGGCAGUGCUAACAAAGCGUCAGCAAAUGGCGCUGCUGAUGUGGACACAUGGCGAGGAGGCGUUGGCCAAAUCGCUGGUUGCCUGCAAGCUGUAUAAAGCGAUGGCUCACGAGGCGGCCGAGGAUGAUUUGGACACCGAAAUCUAUGAGGAGUUGCGUUCCUAUGCAAAAGAGUUUGAGAGCAAAGGCAACAAACUGUUGGACUUUAGCUAUCGACAGGACGCAGAGAAGGCACAACGUUUGCUCACCUGCGAACUGCACUCGUGGUCCAAUCAAAGCUGUCUCUCCCUCGCCGUGGCAGCCAACCAUCGUGCUCUACUCGCCCAUCCCUGCAGUCAGGUCAUUCUGGCAGAUCUCUGGAUGGGCGGACUGCGAACACGCAAGAAUACUAAUUUCAAGGUAAUUUUGGGGCUAAUCAUGCCGUUAUACAUCAGACAAUUGGACUUCAAGUCGAAGGAGGAGCUGCAACAGAUGCCCCAGACGGAGGAGGAGCAUUUGGAGAAUCAAAAUCUCGACAAUGACGAUUCAGAUCGUUCGCAGCCCGAUGCGGAGAGCAAAUUAAUACAAGUUGAAAAGAGCUCACCAUCUUUUCACAGUGUUAGGAACUCAACAGAUGCUCUAUUGGCGGAUACUUAUUCAGUGCGCGAUACAAAAGUACACGAAAAUGGAAAAGUUAAUCUCACUGCUGGAGCGGAAGAAGCACCCUCCAAAGUUUCGUUGACUGAUUCGGAUCCGUCACAGUUUCGAGAAUUCUUUCAUCUGUCGGAGUACACGAAUGAGAUCAAGCAGCAUCAACCGUUGCGAUUAAAGAAGAAGUUUUACGAGUUCUACACGGCGCCCAUUACCAAGUUCUGGGCUGAUUCGAUUGCGUACAUGUUCUUUUUGAUAAUGUUCUCGUUCACGGUGCUGGUGAAAAUGGGACCGAUGCCGAGGUGGCAAGAAUGGUAUUCCAUAGCAUACAUUACCACGCUCGGGUUUGAGAAGGUGCGUGAGAUUGUAUCCUCCGAGCCGGUGGCCAUUACGCAUAAAUUCUCGGUGUGGGCAUGGAACAUGUGGAAUCCAUGCGAUGGUGCUGCCAUAAUACUCUUUCUCAUCGGCCUCGCAUUUCGCUUUCGACCCGCCACCAUGGACAUUGGUCGCGUUAUUUACUGCGUGGACAGCAUCUAUUGGUAUUUGCGCAUAUUAAACAUUCUCGGCGUCAACAAGUAUUUGGGUCCAUUGGUUACCAUGAUGGGCAAAAUGGUCAAGAAUAUGAUAUAUUUCGUAGUCUUGUUGGCUGUGGUGCUCAUGAGCUUCGGUGUCAGUCGUCAGGCCAUUCUCUAUCCCAACAAUGAGCCCACCUGGCGUCUAAUCAGAGAGGUCACCUAUCAACCCUACUUUAUGUUGUACGGCGAGGUGUUUGCCGAUGAUAUCGAUCCACCCUGUGGCGAGGAUCCACGUCAACCGGCCUGUGUCACCGGCCACUGGGUAACGCCGAUAACGAUGUCCAUGUACCUUUUAAUUGCCAAUAUACUGCUAAUCAAUCUGCUGAUUGCCGUCUUCAAUAAUAUAUUCAACGAAGUCAACUCGGUGUCUCAUCAGGUGUGGAUGUUUCAGCGCUUUACAGUGGUCAUGGAAUACCAACAGAAACCGGUGCUGCCGCCACCGUUCAUCGCUUUUUGCCAUUUCUAUUCCUUGCUCAAGUAUUGUGUACGAAAAGCGAAAGGAUUGGAGGUGCAACGGGACAAUGGUCUCAAGCUAUUUCUCGAGAAGGACGAUCUGGAGCGUCUGUAUGACUUUGAGGAGGAGUGCGUUGAGGGCUUUUUCCAUGAGCAGGAAAUCAUAUUGAAUCAGUCAACCGAUGAGCGUGUCAAGAACACAACGGAGCGUGUCGAGACCAUGUCACAGAAAAUCGAGGACAUCAAUCAAAAGGAGAAUAUCCAAACAGCAACUGUGCAGAACAUUGAAUUCCGUUUGCGCAAAAUGGAGGAGUCUGCAGAGCAGAUACUGUCGCAUCUGGGCGUCAUACAUCGCUUCAUGUCCACCCACACCGCUGGCACCGACGAUUUGCGCGGCUCCGUGAUGAACAUUCCAGGUGAAAUGCAUCGCAUGCGCACCAUUUCAAUGACCGACACCGAGGGUGGCGUCAUUGGCGGUGUUCCUGGUCCAGGCAGUGGCGGUGGAGGCGGAGGAGGAGGCGGUGGUGGUGGCGGUGUUGGCAGCAGCAGCAUUGCUGCGGGACUGGGACUGAGUGCAACACUUACUUUAAAUUCGCUGCAGGUUAACAAUCGACGGCGUUUCAAUCGCUCGCUAACCGAAGUGCGGCCGGAUGCGUACAUCUUGGAUGAGGGCACACACUUUGAGGUUGUGCCGCUGCCCGAAGAGCCCGACGAAGUGGUCAAGUCACGGGAGGCCCUCAACGAGCAGGUGGUGCGCAAGGCCUCAAUGCAAUCCGAGCCCGAUUCGGACAUCUAUUUGCCACUGUCGCAGCGGCCUUCGACCUGUGAGACAGUGAAGCGGACGCCAUAUGUGACUGUGCGCCAGGAUACGGGAGCCAGCACCGAGAGCAAGGACACGCUCACACCGAUGGGCAACGAUGACGAUCAGACGCUCGUUGGUGGCGACAAUUCCGAUGAUGCGGCGCCCGAUAUGACUUUUGAGGCUGCCAGGCACCGAGCGAUGCGUCAACGCACUGUCUCGCUCUGCCGCCGUAACUCGGAGACGUACUCGCUGACCGGAGCGGACAUCAAUCGCUCGCACAUUAGCCUCAAUCAGUUGGCAACGCUGUCGCGCCGCCAGCUGAGUCUGACACAGUCUGAGCCGGAUAGUGACAAGGAUACGCCAGUGGCCAGUGGUGGCCCACCACCAGGUAAAUCAGUAUUGCAUGCGAAACCCUCCAGAAAUAUAUUGCUGAAACUGCACAGCGAGUACACAUCGAUAACGGACGAACUGGAGAGCGUCUGCCAUUUGAUUGCUUCGCCGACCGUCUCGCUGCAGAGCAACCAAGCCUCCUUGGAUCGCCCCAAGACGGAAAUGUCACGCGCCGAGGCCGCAGCGUUGCUGGAGAAGAAGCAUCUGAAGGAGUGCGAGGAGAACGACUAUCGCAUACUCGAGGGACUCUUCGAGGCACGCGGCUCCAUCGAUGCCAGCGUUCAGCCCUAUGAGAUUGGCGUCUCUAUAGACUAUAGUCAUCGCUAUCCGCUGCGACGGGAAACAGCCAUCGAGCUGUCGCCCUCGAAACCCUCAGCGGACAGCGGACUCAUGGGUGCCGUGGGUGGCGCUGGCGGCGGUGGAGACAGCAGUGACACCAGCGGUGCGGGCACAAGUGGCUUCCAACUGAAGCACGAACGUCCCUGGCAACGCAACUCAUCGAUGGAACAGCAGACGUAUCAGUCGCCGCUGGUGCCAACGCGUGCCACCAGCGACUUUCUUAAUCCGCCCUACGACAGCAGCGGACGUCUGUUCAAGAAGUCCAGCGAGAGUCUGCAGAAGAACUCGAGCACGGAUACCGAUUAUUCGGCGCAUCCGUAUCGUUUCAUCAAGCAGAGCUCGAAUGAGACGAAUACCUCGCAAACGGGAUCGUAUAACAUUGAUACGCCAUCGUUGACGGCGGAGCCAUCGCUGGAUGCUGGCGAUUCGCAUUCGGCAACGGGGAUUAGCAUGAUGAGUGUUGGCGCUGCUGGCGGCGCUGCGACAACGCGUUACCAGCCCAAGCGCACGGCGUCUGUGGGCGCUGCCGAUGGCAGACGUCUGCGAGACGAUAGCUCCAGUUCGCUGGAUCUCAGUGCUGCGCCAGUAAUGACGCAGGCGCAGACGCCAGCAUUGCCAGCACUGCCCUCGCGUCCCAUGCAGCUGAAGAAACAGUUUAGCAUGGACCAAGGCAAACCGCUGUCGGCGCAAACCAGCGCCGAGACAUCCUCCUCAGCGGAGCCCGUGACUCCAGCGGCCAAACUGAUUUCAACACUCAAGCCGCCGUAUCAGGCCAGCAAACUGGGCAUGAAUGUGCUCAAGGAGAGCAGCUCCAGCACCGAAGAGUCGCGCGAUGGCGAAGCCCUAUCCACAGCCUCGUCGUCGGCGAAGAGCAGUCAUGCACCGUUGGCUAUACCACAGAUCAGCACACAUCUGGUGCAGGACGAGAUUGCCAAGCUGUCGUCGAACAUAAAGAGUAGCACGGAGUCGGAAAAGGAUCCACCAUAUAAUGAGACAAUGUGUUAAGUGUCGUCGUCGUUAUGUCCCUCCUGUUGAUGUUGCAAUUAAACCAAAAAUAGUUAGUGCUUAAGUGUUUUACCCGCCCAAACACAAACACACACACAACAGAUUGAUCUAAGAAUACUAUAUAGUAUGUUUAACUAGUUGUAUAAGUGAAGCCACCUUGUGCUCAAUAUCGUUAUUCAGUCAACGAUUCUUCUUUUUUAAAUCCCCCAUAUAUCCCAGUUGCUGAAAGUACUGCGACAAUGGAAUGUUAAGAAGAGGAGAGAACAAUAUUUAAAUACAAAUUAAUGAUAAAUCACUGUAUGUUAUUCAUGAGAAAGGCAGAGCCAGAGGCAGAGUCAUGCAUAGAUGCAUCUGACGAUUUAGUCAUCAUUUAGCGCAUAUCAAGGAAGCAAAAAUGUAAUAUUAUAUACAAUGAAGAUCGAAAUGAAUCCCCGGUGUAUGCAACGCAAUUUACGUAUGUGUUAAUGAUUUUGGACAAUACAUAGUACACAGAUUCUCUGUAUUUUUAUAAGAUGUAUUUAUUUACAACUCAUACGUAUAGAUUACUGAUUACUGAUGAUGAUGAUGAUGUUAUUACCGAAGAAAGAAUGUUACACAAAAUGUUAGUAGGAUAAAUGCAUGCAUUUCUCUCACAACUCCUAUAUAUCUUUUAAAUAUCACUUCUUAAAGCAACAAAAACAUUAUAAUACCACCAAUUAAGCUAUGAAAUGUUUACAGUGUCUAGAAUUAGUCAUCGAUACAUAUAUACUUGCAAACUUUCACAUAUCUCUCAAACUCAAACUAUGAACUUAUCGCUCCUAAAAAGAUGAAAAAACAAAAACAAAGAUAUCGAUAUUUAGCUCAAUGCAACGUGUUGCAAGUACUUAUACUGUGUGUGUAAAUUGCACCUUCACAAUACCGCGAUAUCAACUUACUGUGUAUAUUUGUGCGUGUACUUUAUAUACUAUAUAACAUAGCUAUGUAUGUGUCUGUCUGUCUGUUGUUUGCCAGAGCAAUUAGUUAGUCCAGUUGUUACUUAUUUAAAUGUCGAAAUGUCUAUGCGUACAUGUGUGUAGAUAAUCUAUGCUAUAUGUAUAUUAUACUAGUAAUUGUAAGUAACCUAAAUCAAAUUGUGUAUAUACUUAUAUAAAUAAACAAAAAAAUAUAUUUUUCAUAUAGAAAACACAACGGAAAAAUGCGAAACAAAAAAGAAUUCGGUUAAAUUAUUGUUAACGAUUUGAUUCUUGUUAAAUGCCGCAAUGCGCUGCUAUUUUCAUGAUUAGUUGUAACGCAAAACAAAAUGAAACAGAAAAACAAAAAUGUUUGAAAACUUUAUGAAAUUUUUGCAUUUUAUUAGAGUUAGACAAUGUACUUAUUGAUUUUAAGAAAAUAAAUUUUAUUAUAUUAAUGGCUC